UGGUUUUUCAUACAGUUACAAAGAAUUGUGCGAGUCAAUAUAUAUCAUAUUAUAACGUGUUUCGUUUGCUGUCGUCACAUUUUAAAUGCAAUUUAUAUUUUAACGUAUAACUUAAACCACGCCCCUUAUUCCCUGCACUACUAAGUGCAUCCGUUGCACUUUGUUUUUGUGUUCAGCUUAAUGUGGACAAGUGCAUUUAUUUAAUCAUGUUUGCGCUUUAACGGCCCGAAAAGCAACACAAUUAAGUGCAAACUAACAGUUUAGACAAACGCGUCGUCCCUUCUGAUUGGUAUCUCUAGGGCGCGCUCACGCUCCCCUCCUGCAGGCGGCGCUCUCUACAUUCUAGUCAGGCAUUUUAUACCGGAAAGUAUCGGAUGAACGGUGGCUCACCUUGUUUCUUCUGUAUGCUCAUGCAACUUGAUUUGAGCUUUAUUAUAGCCAGUCGUGACAAAACAGUUUUAGCCCUGGCGGCAUUUACCAUCAAGCAGUAUACAGUAACGUAGUGGUUUAUUAUCACAACACAAUGUCGUUGAGCAGUUAAUAAACCCGGCAUAAUCAGAGAUUGAUUUUUGCAUUGCUGAACAGAAGGUGCUUGCAUAUGCUCGUCGGAGACUUCUAGGUAACGUAAUAUGAACGAAGCACAAUGUCAGAGUUCACCCUCGAUAUUCAGUUGACAGAGUUGGGUUUUUCAAACUGGAAUUUCCCUCUAUGUGAGCCCCAGAGUGUUAAAGACAACUUUUUGCCAACCCAGAAUGGCACUGAAAAGCCAACGCCAGAGACUGAAACAUCCACAGAAAGUCACGAAGAUCACUGCGUUGUUGCGAGCUCGUCGUCCGACAGAAGCUUUCUACAGGACCAUCAAUAUUACACUCCCUUUAAAGAUGACUCGUCGAGUAAAAGAGAAACGGCUCCAAGCAAUUCCACAAUCAGUUUCACAGAGAAGAAGGAUAAAGUCAUUUGCAAUUCGUGGAAAAGAAGAAGAAAGAGAAGAGAAGGAACAGAACAGAGAAAUGAGGAUGAUGAUGAUCACAAUGAAGAGCAAAACGGAAAAGAGGGAACUAAAAACAAUUACAAGGAACAGACAUAUUUAGAAGUGAGCCAGGAAGCCACUGCUAUCACAGUAGAUGAUGCUAUGUCUGGUGAAGAAAGGACAGAUGAGGAUGCAGAAUUUGUUUUAACCGAUGAAGAUGAUGAUGAUGAAGAUGAUGAUGAUGAUAUUGAGGAAGAAGAGAUAGAAGAAGAGGAGGAAGAUUAUGUUGUGGAGGACAAGGUGAUGGAGGAAGAUGAUGAUGAUGUUUCUUUGUCAGAGACAAACGGAUCUGGAGAGAAUGAAGAGAAUCGCUGCCAUGUUUGUGAUCUCACCUUCUCCUCUCUCUUCUUGCUCCGGGAGCAUUUAAACAUGCAUACGGGUGUUCGCCCCUACCGCUGCGAUGAAUGCGGCAAGCAGUUCUGCCAGUUAGUCAAUUACCGUACGCACCUCCGCUCCCACUCCCAAAAGGCCUCCAUCCACUGUCGUGUUUGCUCAACCAUCUUUGAGACCGAGGAACAGCUCCAGCAGCACUUGGACACCAACCAUUUUGAGAAAGAGUUCUAUCAGUGUGAUUUUUGCAAACAGAUUUUCACUGACAUAGAAGCGUGCAAGGCUCACGUCGAAGCACACAGGCAACAGGCGAAGCGGCAUUUGUGCCUGAAAUGCGGCGCCAGUUUUUGCCUUCGCAACUCGCUGCUCCGACACCUGGAAUGGCACAGCAGAGGCAUCUUCUCCUGCUCGGACUGUGAGCGGACCUUCUCCAGCAAGGCUUCUUUGUUACGCCACAGUUUCUCUCACUUGGGCGUCUUACCGUAUACGUGUCUAAAGUGCAAACGUCAUUUCCGUUUGCCGUCUCUCUACCACAACCACGAGUGUAAGCCAGAGAACAUCCAGUGCAUGGCAUGUUUGGUCUUCUUUCAGAGUCAGGGGGAUUUUGAUAAGCAUAAGAAGGACACGGGAUGCUGGGGUCAUCAAGGAGCUUUGCCUUCCAAGACUGACGAGAUCCGCUGCAUGGAAUGUGGACAAGUCUUUGCGAGCAUUGAGGAAUUAAAGAAGCACGGAAGCACUCACCAGAGGGUCUUAAAAUGUGCAGAAUGUGGGAUGGGUUUCCGCUCGUCACUCAUGCUUAUGUCACACAUGGGAGGGCAUGCAGGACAGAGGCCAUGUUUCUGUCAGGACUGUGGCCUGGGCUUCCCACAUCAACAGGGUUAUGACGGCCACCUGAAGACUUGUGGAGUGGUGACACCCCCAGUGGCUGCUGUGAAGAAAUCCAAACCAAAAGCAACUCCCUUUCCACAAAUAAUGAAACCAGUAACUUCUAACAUAAUCAUCCAAACUGUUGCUCAGGCCUCAUUCCCCAGUAGCUUGAAGGAAGUCCACAUGGUUCCGUUCGGUGACAAGCAUAAGUUUGCUGAUGGUAGGUGGAAGUUUACUUUAAAUAAAGAGCCUCCUCCAGGUAUGCCUUUGGUCAUGCUUCUGCCAGUUCCCACUACACCGUACUCGACUACCUCAGUUCCUACCAAGAGCUCCCAAAACUUUUUACCAUCCUCUCUGGUCAUAGAAACGCCUUCACCUGCCCCACAUAUUGUUUCCAUACCGGCGGUCUCGUCUGGCACUGUCUUUAGUAAAGAGGUGGAGAAAGACGCUGUAGAGCCCAGCAAAACCAACAUUCCUUUAAACGCACUCAUUCCUGUGCAAAGUCAGGAUAGUGCCUCACAGAAGAGGUGGACUGUUUUAGAAGAUCAGGGUUCUGUUCAACUGUUUGCCACAGAAAAUGUAAAGGCAGGAGAACAGGCUGCAAGUGUGGCUGUAGCAAAUCAGGGAACAGACGUUACUGCUCAAGUAGUGGAGAACAAGCAGGAAACUCAAUCAGAUUUGAAGCCUAAUGCACUGGGCGAUGAAAAAACAGUUCCUGGGAGUUCAUCAGAAAAUGCAUCUCUCAAGACACCUUUAUGUCUAGUAAACGUACAGGAGGAGAAAGAUGGUGGUGAAAACCUCAAGAAAAGCUCUUCAAAUUUGAAGGACCCCGACGACUCACCUGUAAUGUCAGUAGUAGACGUUUUAAAGAGAAAACCAGAAAAGCAAAUGCUGGAUUCUCAUAAUCUGGUCUCGUGUUCUCCAGAAAUGACAUGCCACAAAAAGGCCAGUAAAGAUAAGAGAUUAUGCAAAGAAUUGGUGUCAUCUGACAGGAUGUGUGCAGAGUCUCAAAUGGAAUCUACCGUGACGUGGGACAAAUCAGAAAACUGUCCAUCGGGUCAAAACGAAUCUGGUUUUGAUGUAGAGGUUGAAAUUAAUGAAGAUGCGGAAUCGAGCAGCAUGGAAGUGGAGAUUGGGGAUGAAGACAGCGGAGUGGAUAUGUUGGAAGGUGAGCUUCAUGAAUGUGUGACCUGUGGACAAGUCCUUCCUGAAAAGGAUAUGAUCCAGCACUACAUGAAGCAUGCAGCCGACACCGACAGUCCUGAGCUCUCUACUGUUAGCCGUUCCUCUCACACUACAGAACAAUCCUCUCCAUGUAGUCCUUCAAGAAAAAGACUACGAUCUGGCACAGAGUUGUGACAUUUAGUUCAAGUAUUUGGUUUUUUUAUUACUAUUGUUUUAAAUUGAUUUGCAGUUAUUGAUAUAACACAGACUUAACUUCCAUUCCGUUUACUUGUAAAACAGGGGUCACAGUCAUUUUUGCCAAAUUGAAAUUUGGGAAAGAUGGAUGUUUGUUUAAACAAAGUGUGUUUUGAAUGUGUUCCACUUUUGAAUUUUUUUUUAUCAUUUUGUGUUUAUGUUGUCUUCUAGAUGCAAUAAAUGCAGAUUGGAGAAUGGGGAAAAUUCUUUCUUU